UGCAGGGACUAGCAACGUUUGUAGCGGUGAACACGGUAACGUCGGACUGCGAAACCGAGCACUUGAAGUAAUUUUGUUCACGUCAGGAUGUAGAAGUUCUCGUAAAUGACUGAUAUUCGGUUGUUCCUUUGUAUGUUAGAGACAGGGUGGCACUGGUAGGGGUGUCCAUAGUAACACAGAGACACCUGCAGCGGAUGCAAACAGACGUCGUCUUCGCUCGCCGCCGCCGGCGACGUCGAAACAUGACGAGAAUUUUAAACGUUCAUAUCGGUAGCGCGGAGAGGAACGUGCUUACGGUGGGGCGCCGGCCGGGUCUCGGUCUUUAGAACAUACAUAAACUACAUCGCAGCCUUAUUAUUAUUAAUAUUAAUAAUUGAGCGACCGACGUAUGAAUGCACACACACAGACUGUGACAGAGUUGUCCGACAGCCUGCUGCACUGCUGCACCGAACGCCGGAAGGAGGGAACCGGACUGGUCCGUGACCACGAUGGCGGAGAGCAAGGAGGAGACGUCCAGCUGCUGCCCAGCACCAGCGCUGUCGGGUUAAAGAGAGCAGCUGUUCCUUCGCUUCGACUCUUCGAGCGCUCGUUUUGGGGACGCCGCGGCCGGCGGGAUUCGGUACCGAAGCGAGCCGCUGACUUUGUUUGUUCGUAACACCCCCUGGCUCGGCUCGGCUCGGCUCGAGUCACGAGUGCAGUCAGUGCUGCUGGCGGUGUGAUCGCAACUACGGAAACCCCCCCAGAGACAGACACCGAUUAGUAUUAAUUUAGUCUAGAGCAGAAGACGGAUCGGCUGCUCUGUUCCCUGCGAGAGCAGUCGCCACGCUCGCGUUGGAUGUGAAGCACUUGGCAGCAUGCUGCCGGGCUCCAUUCAGAUCACAGGAGAGGCUCUGUCUGGGGCUGAGAUUAAAGACAUCUGCGAGAGCCUGAAGGAGGACAGCGUGCGGCUGCUCUCCGUGCGCGGCUGCCAGCUCUCCGACCGCGACUUCGGGCGCCUGUGCCGCGGCGUGGCCGAGUCCCGCUCCCUGGCGCAGCUCAACCUCAACCUCGGCGUGGUGUCCGGCGUGGCGCGCGUCAAGCACCUGGCCGACGCCCUCAAGAGCAACCGAUCCAUUCAGACGCUCUUUCUCCACGGAAGCCCGCUGCUGGAUGCCGGCCUGGUGGCCCUGAACGCGGCGCUGUCCACCCACCCGUCGCUGGUGUCCCUCGACCUGGGCGACUGCAUGCUGGGGGACGAGGCUGUGCAGCUCAUCUGUGGCAUGCUGCCUCCGGACGGGGCCAAAUCAGGUCUGAGGGAGCUCACUCUCAGCGCAAACCCAGCCAUCACCACCAAAGGUUGGGCACGCCUGGCCAUUGCUGUGGCUCACAGCUCCCAGCUCCGGGUCCUCAACCUGGACUACAACCCACUCGGUGACCAGAUUGCGGGGAUGCUAGCAGUUGCUGUGGCAUCUAGUAGAACCCUGGAGGUGCUGGAUUUGGAGGGGACUGGCCUCACAAAUCAGUCUGCACAGAUUUUCCUGGACAUGGUGGAGAACUACCCCACCUGCCUGCGCGUGCUGGUGCUCGCCGAGAACGCCAUCAGCCCCGAGCUGCAGCAGCAGAUCUCGGACCUGCUGUCCGAGGGGGAGGAGGACGAGAACAAGGAGGCCGAAGCGCGCGGCAUCAGCAGGGAGAAGACCAUGUGGCUCCCGCACAGCAACGCCAGCUCCCAGAUGGUACUGGUGACCUCCGGCCUGGGCGACAGCCUCCUGGCAGAGACGGAGAUGUGAGCUGCAGGCUCCCGCGUUUUCCGUAUGUUGCACACUUACGCGGAAGAGCACCUGGUAGCGAGGAACCAAUCACUCUGCAUGAUCUUUAGCACUUGUGCAUAGGGGAAAGGGAAAAAAAAAAAAAAAAAAGUUUAGCGGGCACACACCUUCAACACCAAGUGACUUAAUAUACUCAAUAGUGAAUUAUUUAUUUUGAAAAUGUACAGUCUAUUUAUAAUUAAAUAUUUAAAGAUAUGUAUCCACUGAAAGUAUGCUCAGAUAAAUCACCUAAAUAAGAUUGUCACAUUAUAAUAAAGCAGUUUCUGUGUUUUGUAGUGUUAUUUAAAGUGAACAUGGAAAUGUCCUUUAAGCUCAACAGCAGGGGGCACCAACUUCAAACUGUAGGACAUUUAGCAGAUGCUUUUCUCCAAAGCGACUUACUCCUUUGUAGAGACUUAGGUAAUUUUUAGUGGAGCAAUUUAGAGUAAGUAUCUUGCUCCAGGAAAUUGUGGCUGGUAGCGGGGGCUUGAACCUGUAACCUCCAGGUCUUGGGUAAGGAAACACCUUUGCAUUUAUUUACCCCUUUAUAGAUGGGAGUACUUCAGGGUUCUGGGGCAGCAGCUCUGCCUGCUGAUACCACUGCAGCCCCUACCCCACCUAACUUGGGGGUUUUUUUUUGGGAGCAAUUUAGGGGUAAGUAUCUUGCUCCAGGGAAUGGUGGCUGGUAGCGGGGGCUUGAACCUGUAACCUUUGGGUCCCGGGGUAGAAGCUCUGCCUGUGGUGCUACUGGCUGUCCUGGGUAAGGUAACACCUUCGCAUUUAUUUACUGAGCAGAUGCAUGUCCUCUUGCAGCGCCACUCCUUGGGCUGAGCAGGUUGAAUCUCACCUCUAUCUGUGGUAUGCCAGAGCAAGGCAUUUAUGCUAAAUUACAGGUACUGUUACAUUGCAAGUUACCUUAGAGAAAAGCAUCAGCUACACAUAAAAGGGGUAUUUUCCCACUGGGACUCAUUUUUCUCCAACGCAAUGUCAGCAAAAAAUACAACUUGUGCUUUCCAUUGCGAGAAGAAUCAUGUCUCUAAGUAAACCCAGUUUGUUACUCAUCCCUUGAUGCACCGAUGCUCCUAUAGAUACAUAAAGGCAUAUUUAGAAUGUUGUUACACAUCUUUCAAGGAAUGACUGAGGUCAUCAGAGGCUUUAGCACAUAAUACUAUAAGGAAGUAUGUUCAGGCUAUAAGUGACAGUUGAUACCUUUAUAUAACGAGGGGGCACAGUGUUGCAGCAGGUAGUAUUAGUAUCUCUCAGGGCCUGGCCUGGGGUUUAACCGUGUUCAGUCUCCAUGGAAGUUUCAUGUUCUCCCCUUUAAGUUGACCGUAGGAGGAAAUGAUGGCAGGUGACUUAAAAUUGCCCAUACAGUGUGUGGGGCUACUGAGCAAUGGAUUGGAGUCUUUUCCAGAGUGUGUACUGUCCCGGGCCGUUGGAGGGCACCCCAGACCCCGCCCCCAGAGAGCAGUCAAAGGCGAAACCUGCUGUGCCCCCGGGUCUGAAGAAGAAAAGUAAUUUCGGCUAUGUACAGAUGUAGAUUUUUCAGAUCAUUGCACUAAUUAGAAAAACCUACGAAAUUAGAUUAACUGCUGAAUUAAGCAGCAAUACAUAGUUUGUGGAUGUUUUAAAACUGUUUGGGCACAUACUCAUGUCUGUACAUUAACAGUCCACUUCCAUUAUGACCAAAAACAAGCACUACUGUCAUUCCAGAUAAACUUGUUGGUCUCCACAAAUUAUAUAGUAGUUUACACUUCAAACAUCCCAUACAAGCAAAUUAGUAACAGUUAUUAGUACAUGGCAAGAAGCAGCAAAGGCAGGAGACCUUAUAUAUGCUGUGUAUCCUUCAAAGUGACUUUUUCACUCUGCCACAGACCAUCAGCACUGGGCUCCAAAACCCAAGAAUGUUACUAGAAAUUCCAAAUGGUUCUAAAACCUUAACACCAGACAACUCGAACUAACAAGUACCUUCCUCAGGAAUGUCUAAAAUAACCCAAAGUGGCUUACAACACCCAAUCAUGUAACACUUUAUAUGUCAGAAGAGAGGCAAAGUAACACCCAGAGUCUUGAGACUCUCUUUCCAAUGCAUUGCUGUUGAGCUAACAAUGUGAUCGGCGGCUGGAAACCGCAAUAAAUUCAUCUUGUACGGCUGAAGAUUACGGACUGUGUUUCGCUUCCUUAGCGGCACUGCCGUGCUGUUCAGAGGUACGAUCCCCCACAGCAACCCCCACACUGCUCUUGAGGAGGCGCUGUCAGAGAAAUGAGAUGACAAGAGAACCCACUUCCAUUCUUGGGCAACAGAAACCAACUCUGCUUUCCUUAUUCCCCACCAGACAAUGCAAUCCAGAAUUCAGGCAAUACAGUGACUACCUGAAACACUGUCUGCUAAAAUUCUCAGACCAUUCACAGGAGGAUACUUCGGGGGGGGUUCUAAAUUACUCACGUAACUGGCCAGGUCUGCUGUAACCUGAGCUUCCUCCUAUGGAACAAACAGAAAAUUGCUGGUCAUCAGAUGACCGUUACUGCCGAUCUGUCUCAGAGUGCUGCUCGCAGGAAGUCGAAAUAGCAGCAGUGGAAGGCGUAAUCCAUAAUUAAUGGAUGGAACACCUCAGAUCAGCUUCCGUGUUGCUAAGUGCUCAGGACAAACAGAACACUUCUCUGUCCUUUUAUCCCCUGGCAGAAAAAGCACAUGAUGGGCAUGAAGAGGAAAAUAGUGGUUCCACUCAGACAACUGAAAGGUUGACUUCUGGCUCAUUGUAGUUGGUUAAAAAAAAAAGUCCACAAUAACUAAUUAGUGAAAUAUCUGCAGAGAAGAGGCACUACCCAGCAGAGCAGAGCCUCUGCAUCCAUGAGGGGGAAAACUCCAAAGCACAGAAACACACAGCACGCCUGCAAUCCACAGAUAGUAAUAAAGAGAAGCCUCACUGAGACCUAAUCUAAACAGGACCUUUCUCUAAUGUCUUCCAAACCGUGCAAGCAGCCUUCCAAGAGCUGCAAAUCUCAUUUUAAUUUCGGAGCGUGUGGUUGUAAUACCGGCAACAUCUCAGGAUUUCCUAUGAGCGGAAAGUUGAAUACCUGUUCAUGGACCAGAACCUUCAGCACCAGCUUUGUUGGCCAUUUUCAUGUGUAGCAGUUGAGGUGAACAAGCUUUGCUUGACAGCGGUUUCCAGGGUAGGUUCAUACGUCUUAUGAGUAAAAGAUCACCUGUAUAACCCAGCAUUCCUCACUCCAUGAAACAGCCACUUCCACCUCAUCACCAGCAGAGGGCGCAACACAAAGGUUAACAUUGACAUGCAGCGAAUGGCGCGCAAAGGCACGUUUUUCCUCUCUGAAAAAUCACACACACAGG